GGGCACCCCAGCCUGGCACCCCAAUCCCCACCCUGCCUGUACUUCCUCCUUUUGCCCCGCCCCCAGCCCCUCUCCGCCAAUCAUCGCGCCGCCCGCGUAGCCUUGACCGAUCACGGCCCAGCGCAGUCGCGCGCAGCGGGUGGGGCCAAGCUCACCGCCCCCUCUCACCAUUCACCAAUCACCGCCCCCCUUCCUUCCUUCCUUCCUUCCUAUCGGCCAACCGCAGGAGAAUUGAGCCCAGCUACACCCGCCGACCAAUAGCAACGCGGCGGAGGGGCGUGUUGGCUCCGCCCAUUUCCCCCCUCCCUCCCUUACACACACGUGACGGACAGGCGGGCCGGGGUCGCGGCGCCGUUGCCAUGGUGAGGGCGUUCAUCCUGCUGGCGCUGGGCGGGCCGGACCCCCCAAGCCCCGCCCCCUGCCGCGUGCUUUACGCGCGAAACUUCGGGACCCCCCCGGGGACCCCCCUCGAUCCCGGGGGACCCCCCCGGCAGCGUCUCCGUCGCAAGGAGCAGAUGCUGGCAGUGGCCAGGCAAGUGGCCUCCCAGUGCCGGCUGCUUCAGUCAUCUUUGGGGCGCCCAUCCAUCCCCCAAAUCCCCCAGCUCCCCGACGAGCCCGUGUCGUUGCAAGACGCCCCGGGGGGGGUUUUCCAGCUGCCCCCCGGAGACCCCUUCCCCGAGCGGGUGAGGGUAACCUGGUUAUCGGUGUUCGCCCUGGCUUUCGCUUUGAUUUGCGAUCCCCGAGAGAAUUUAUCGUUGGCCGAAAUCACCCUACGGCGUCUGGCCCCCCGACUGCUCGCUUCCCUACGUCUCCUCGGUCCCGGCGCCGACGUCCUGCUCCGACCCGAUGUCAUCGACGUCCUCCUCGAUCGUCUCCUACCCCACGGGCAGAUGCUUUUCCUCAACGAAGGUUUUCUCCAAGUGACGGACCGGGAGAUGGGUAUCAAAGCAUCCCGCUGAGCCACAACCGGCAUCCCUGCCCCGGCACGCCCCGAUAUUUCGGGAUCCGGGAUGGACAGGAGAAGCGGCUCAGCAAUAAAGACUAACGAGCAGCAAAGAG